CUCCCACCUCACUUUUGACCAUGGCUUCACAUCUCUGAUUAGUCUACAAGAGACUAUUGAUUCCUAGUGAAACAUUCUCGAACCAUGCAAUCUGAAAAUCUAAUGACCCAAAAAGAACCCCGAUCAUGACAGUCAAGCGUCCGCCAGCAUGGCUCCGCGAAUCAUUCAGACUUACGUCAACCACAACGCCAGUCCCGUACCUGAUGUCAAUAUCAACAACCCCCAUCGCCCAUCGCCGCAGAGCAGGUCUCGAAAUGGGUGCAAUACUUGUCGAGUCCGACGGGUGAAAUGCGAUGAAGAACGGCCGCACUGUCGAAGAUGUCAGACCACCGGUCGGAAAUGCGAUGGAUACAUGCAGGUCCCCGCGAAGCAGCGACAGGCGAACGGUCCCUCCGAGAUGCGCAUCAUCCAGCAUACACCACAGGUGACCCAGCCCACCCACAUGUGGAUGUUCCCCGCCGUUGACAAGCUCCUCACCGAAGAGGAAUACCGCUCCCUGGAAUUCUUCCAUGUGCAGACUGUCGCGUGCUUUGGAGCCCGCGCGGGAGGUUGCCUGCUCAACGCCGCCUGCCAGGACCCCGGGAUAAGACUGGCUGCUAUGGCGUUGUGUUCUCUGCAGCGGGUGGUACUGCACGGGGACAAUACCCCGCCGCAUGCCCGCUUGAGGGGCAAACAACUCGCUUUGCAGCAGUACAACUCGGCCAUCCGACGAGGGCUGAAGUACUUUCCUCGCAACGGCGACGGAUCGGCUGACCGCAUUCUGUCCUUGUGCGUGCUCUUCUUUUGCUUCGAGAGCCUGCAGGGCCACUUCCGAGCGGCCUUCCGGCACGUCGCCGCCGGGUUGCGUAUUCUCGCACAGCAGCAACUGCGAGGACGCCCCGCGGGAUACCCUUUGUUGCCACCAGACGUGAUUCAGUCGAUUUUUGCCGCCUUGGAGAGCCAGAUGCUGGAGAUUGACGGGAAAUCACCCCUGUCCGAGAGCGAGGGACUACUGGGACGGGGUGGAUCACCGCAACGCCUAUGGACGCUCGAGGAGGCCAACGAUUCCUUCCGCCACAUCUACAAUGACUUCCUGCGACUGUUGAGUUUCUCAUCGACACUCGAUGAACCACACGCCGAAGCGGAGAGGGUGCAAAUCAUGGAGCAAAUCCUGGCGCGGUAUCAUCAGGUACAGGCCGAUCUGGACGCAUGGUCACUGGAAUUCGAUCAAUUCCUCGUCAACAUCUUUCGUUGGGACGGCGCCGACCGCGCUUCGCAACAAUUGGUCCGGAUGCUUCAGCUAUGGCGCACCAUGAUGGGCGUGCUUCUGCAUAUGGAAUGGCCUCCCGCAGAAACCGCCUGGGACGGUUACCUCAGCGAGUUCACCACCAUCCUAAACCUUGCCGAGGAGAUCAUUCUCAUGUCUCCGUCCGUCGAGUCGCCUCGCUCCACUCCGGUGGUAAAAGCUCGCAGCCCUUCUGACUCUAGCAGCCCGCCAGAAGAGCGCCUUUCCUCGUCCUCCCGUGAGAACUCACCUCUUCGGCACGAAUCUCCCUCGAUCGCUUAUGCCGCCAUUCUGCCUCGGCCGCCCCAUUCCUCUCCAUCGUGUUUCUCGAUGUCGUUGGGGAUCCUGCCCGCAUUGUGGACGGUCGCAACGCGAUGUCGAGACUCCCGAGUACGGUACCGCGCUAUCGACAUUAUCAGUCGCAGUAAGCGACGCGAAGGAGUCUGGGACUCAGAUCUCUACUUCCGACUGGCGUUGCAGAUCGCUCACCGCGAAGAACAAGGGGCAGGUCUUGAGGUGGGCGCUGAGUAUACGCCGGCGGAUAUCCCGCCCGAGGUGCGCGUGACGGUCGACGGGAAAUUCGAAGAGGGUCGCGAGGCGAAUAUCACUUUCAUGCGAGAGAAUGUGAAGAUUGGUGAGGAGAUCUUCCAGUGGUGAUUUCGACGCUGGUCAAUGCAGUCCCGCAAGUUGAACGCAUCUUGGCUUGAGAUAGAUAAUCAUUAGGUCGUGUGCCCGUUGUCGCUUGUUGUGGAUAUCUCUGAGUCAUCAAGAUACAUAACUAGCUAUUCACCUCAUUUAGGCCAGUUAUAAUGAAUUAGUAGAUAGGGCAUAUAAAUUUUGAAAUACAAUCAUAUCAUGAACAGGUACUAUUAUAAGCCUGUACUAUACCAG